AUGGCCUGGGAUCUCAGCAAAGCUGCUUGGCUUUAUCCUCUUCGAGUAGCCUUUCUGGCCAUCUUCCAAGGCGCCGGAGCAUGGAUCAGCGGUGCCUUCUUAGUCCUGGGAGAAGGAGCCGCCAUUGUUGCCGCGCUGUUCGAGGCGUUCUUUGUCGAUGAGACGCUCGUGGAUAUAUUCGAUGCCGUGCUGGUAAGCGAGGGCCAGGGUGAUCUGGUCGCGGCUUCUCGCGUACUAUAUCCGCAAGGCGACGAUGUCGUCAAGCGACUGGGCAAGCCAACACAGAGUGCAGUGUACUCGCCUUUCUCUCUGCGUCAGAUCCUGGAGUUUAUUCUUCUGCUUCCAUUGAACUUUAUUCCUGUCGCGGGCACUCCCAUGUUUCUCAUCCUGACCGGCUACCGCGGCGGGCCGUUUCACCACUGGCGGUACUUUCAGCUGUUGGACUUGUCUAAGCAACAGAGGAAGGAAAGAAUCCGGAAGAGGCAGUUGCAGUAUACUACAUUUGGGACCGUGGCAUUGAUUCUGCAGUUGGUGCCUGUCCUCUCUAUGUUUUUCCUGAUGUCGACUGCGGUCGGCGCGGCAAUGUGGGUGGUUGACAUCGAAAAUCGACGACCUCUUCUGGGCGAACGGCCGGAAAGAGAUGCGCACUAUCGUGACAAUGAUGAUACUCUGGCGUGA